AUGGCAGCCAGGACCCCUCUUUCUCAUGCGGAUUACAUGGUUAGAUGGAUCUGCGCACUUACCUGUUCAACCGAACGACAUAAUGCUUAUAUUCUUGGGAGCAUUGCGAAACACAAUUUCAUAGUUGCAUGUCUGCCAAGCGGUGAAUAUGGCAUUGCAUCUGCCACCACUGUCGCCAUGCAGUUAUUGUCCAGUCUCCACUCAAUUCGCUUUGGUCUGAUGGUCGGCAUCGGAGGAGGGGUGCCGAAUAGGAACUCGGAUAUUCGACUCGGUGAUUUUGUGGUCAGCAAGCCGAAUUCACAUGGUGGAGUGGUGCAGUAUGACUAUGGCAAAGCAUUGAAUGGCGGCGAUUUCCAGUGGACAGGCAUGCUUAAUCGUCCACCUCAGAUUCUCUUAACAGCACUCACCAAACUACAAGCAAUUCAUCUUACAGAAGAGAGCCAAGUUUCAUAUUUCCUUGCUGAGAUCAAGCGCAAAAUACCCAAACGAGUUGCCAAUUUUGCUCGUCCUGCUCAGACAGACCAUUUGUACCUGAGUGAUUAUAAUCACAUCAAGAUCCACUUCAAGACUUGUGAUGACUGUGGUAAAGCUAAAACUGUUUCCCAGUCUUUCCAAAACCAUAGUGGUCCUGUUAUUCACUAUGGGCUGAUUGCGUCUGCUAAUCAAGUGGUGAAAGACAGUCAACUACGGGAUAAGCUUGGUCGUGAACUAGGUGUAUAUUGCGUGGGGAUGGAAGCAGCAGGAUUAAUGAAUGAUUACCCAUGUCUAGUUGUGUGUGGAAUCUGGAUAUGCAGCGGAGUUGCAGCAGCAUAUGCCAAAGAGCUUCUUUCGGUGACCUCAGUUGGCCAUAUUGAAGAAACACAGACUGUGCAGGAUAGCAUGUCAGACUCUGCGAGUUGGUUUCACGUUCCACUAGACCUCACUGCGGUGCCUGUAAUUGAGAAUUACUUGGGACGGCAAGACGAGCUACAACGCCUAUGGCAUCAUUUACAGCCAGUAAAUUCUCAUUCACGAAAGGUAGCCAUUCUCCAUGGCCUUGGCGGAAUAGGAAAGACGCAGCUGGCAAUCCGCUUUGCUCGAGAUCACAAGAAUGAUUUUACUGCCAUAUUUUGGCUGAGCGGCAAAAAUCGGGGCACGCUAUUGCAAUUUUUGAUCUCCGUCUUGCCCCGAUUACAAGGAAAAUCCCAUAAUAUUAAAGUGAUUAAUGGAGAGGAAGUGGAGCAAAGAGUUAGGCAUGUCUUACAAUGGCUAGCAUUAGAGGGAAACCCACACUGGCUAAUUUACUUUCUUAAUAGCAUUAAUGCUUGCGAUGGAUAUGAUAUCAGUGGAUUCUUUCCCACGGCAGACCAUGGUUCCAUUUUCAUCACCUCCCGACUCCAGAGGUUAACUGGUCUUGAAAAUCCUUCCCAGUCCACAGACUUGGGUCUAAAGAUUCAAUUUAGCUAUUUUUACAGAGCAUCGCAAUCGAGCCCUGGACGUCAGUACCAACAAGGUAACCUGCUCCAAACAUGGAUGAUCUCAUAUUAUGAGAUUCAAAAGCGAGACCCAAAUGCAGCAGAGAUUUUACUCCUACUUGCGCACUUGGAUGGCCGAGACAUUUGGUAUGGGUUAGCAAAAAGUGCUUCUCAUAGCUCAAAUACCCUAGCCUGGUUUAAUAGUAUUAUAUCCUCUGAACUCACUUUUAAAAUUAGUAUGAAGAUUCUCAUUGGAUUCUCCUUCGUUGAGACUAAGCAGCAGCAAGAGGGAAGCUAUGCAAUACAUCCAGUUAUACAGGACUGGUGUCUUCACAUUGCUAGCUCAAGAAAAAAUACGAAUUUAGUUCGAUUGAAAGAACUAGCUCUGAUACCUGCUAGAUAUACAGGAGCAUUUCAUCGUUUAGGGGGGUUUUACUAUUACCAGGGUAGUCUGAAGGAGGUAGAGAUGUACUGUCGAGCACUGGCAGGUUAUGAAAAGGAAAUGGGUCCGGAUCACAUAUCCAUCCUUGGUACAGUCCAUAACCUUGGUCUUCUCUACCCUGACCAGGGCAAGCUGAAGGAGGCAGAGGAAAUGUAUUACCGAACAUUGGCAGGCUAUGAAAGCGCACUGGGUCCAGAUCACCAGAAGACCCAACGAAUUGCAGAGGAAUUAAAUACAUUAUUCAAAUGUUCAAGACGCCGCAAACGGGAGAUUGGGCUAGGAGGCCGUUCAUGUUUUGCCAGCGGAAAGCGUAAAGAUCCUCCGGGGGUUUGUUUUCAGGGAUUUCUGAUUUUUCAAUUAACAUUGCAAGAGCACCAUGUUUUGAUAUGCAGGGAAUGA